GGAUCGCCUCCACCCCAAGUUAUAAGUCUAAUGGGCUUCACGAGGACUUACAUACUCCGCAGACCUGGAGGAUGCUGCUCAUGGCAUCGCCAGCCCUCCUCCUGCUGGGCUGGGGGGCCCUGGCCCUGACCGAGACCUGGGCGGGCCCCCACUCGCUGAGAUUUUUCCAAACCGCCGUGUCCCGGCCCAGCCGAGGGGAGCCCCGGUACCUGGAUGUCAGCUACCUGGACGACACGGAGUUCGAGCGGUUCGACAGCGACUCGGAGAGUCGGAGGGCGGAGCCGCGGGCGCGCUGGAUGGAGCGGGAGGAGCCGGGCUAUUGGGACCUGAGCACCCAGAACGCCAAGAGAGACGCACAGGCUUCCCGAGUGAACCUGCACAACCUGCGCCGCUACUACAACCAGAGCCAGGACGGGUCUCACACCUUCCAGCAGAUGAUCGGCUGUGAAAUGGGGCCGGACGGGCGCCUCCUCCGCGGUUAUUACCAGUCCGCCUACGAUGGCACCGACUACAUCGCCCUGAACGAGGACCUGCGCUCCUGGACUGCAGCUGACACCUCGGCUCAGAUCACCAGGCGCAAGUGGGAGGCUGCAGGUGUAGCUGAGGAAUGGAGACACUUCCUGCAUGAGGACUGCCUGGAGUGGCUGAGCAGAUUCCUGGAGAAAGGGAAGGAGGUGCUGCAGCGCACAGACCCUCCAAAGGUACACGUGGCCCACCACCCCAUCUCUGACCGCGAGGUCACCCUGAGGUGCUGGGCCCGGGGCUUCUACCCUGCGGACAUCGGCCUGACCUGGCAGCGUGAUGGGGAGGAGCAGACCCAGGACAUGGAGCUUGUGGAGACCAGGCCUUCGGGAGAUGGGACCUUCCAGAAGUGGGCGUCCCUGGUGGUGCUCUCUGGAGAGGAGCAGAGAUACACGUGCCAUGUGGAGCAUGAGGGGUUGCCCCAGCCCCUGACUCUGAGAUGGGAGCCGUCUUCUUCGGGCAUCAUCCCCCUAGUGGAUUUUAUUGUGAGCCUGGUCAUCUUUGAAGCUGUGAUCACUGGAGCUGUGAUGUGGACGAGGUGGAAGCUCUCAGGUAAGGAAGGGGUGGGGGCUGAGUGUCCUGUCUCACUGAGGGUUGCAAGCCCAGGUAGAAGUGUGUUUUGCUUCAUUAAUGGCAAGUACCAUCCCCACACGUGUGGUUGCCCAGUGUGGGGCCCUAUUUGCUGACACUCACUCUUCAGUAAGACACGGGUGAAUAUGAGGAACACAUUCAUCACCUUUAUGAUUCUAGUGAGGAGGCCUGGUUCCCAGCACUCCCAGCUCAGAGUGCAAGGUCCCUGCUGAG